AAAAUUUUUAAACAGUAUAUUCAAAGCUGCCUUAUAAUCGCAAUAUAUUGUAGAAAUUGAUUUUUUGUGCCUAAUUUUUACUGAAGUAUUUCUAAUUUUUUGGAAAGUAUAAUGCAUUCUCUAAAAAUAUUUUUCUUGUUUUACUGCACUUUCUUCCCGGUACAAGCCAGUCUGCAAAUCAUUCGCAGAAAGGUGAAAUUGCCGAAUGUUUCUUCAAAGGAAGAUUAUUGGGAUGAUAACAGUAAAAGAUUAUCAAAUAGCGAAUGGUCACUAAUUGAUAAAAGAGCUUCGGACGCAUUUGAAGAUCUUGAAAAUUUGCAACCAUUUCCAUUUUCAUAUAUACCAAAACAAAUAAGUUUUUCGGAUAGCAGUGAACCAAUAAGAAAAGAACCAUGGUAUCAACGAUUUGAUUUGAAAAAUACGUUUAAAAAAUUAUAUUCUAGUGGAAAGGAAAACUUUUUGAAUGUUAAGCGUGGGACUACAAAUAAAUUGAAAAAGAUUUUCUAUUCAGAGAAAGACAGUGAAGAGAUUUCAGAUUCUAAUGAAUAAGCUGUAUAUGCAUAACAUCAGACAAAAACUGUGUGCGGUAAAAUUUAUUUUUUCUUAAAUAAAAAUAAAAAUUAUUUACUUAAUGUUUAUUUGAAAGAAGCUACAUUUAUACCAUCGCAUCGUUUAUGUAGAUGCAAAAGAAGAAAUUUUUUUUAAAAUCAACACCGGCAGAAUAAUAAUUCAAAUUUUAUUGGAUCCUUAAAAGUAGGGUAAUUUAUUUAAUUCUGAUGAAUGAAUAAAUAAUUUAAUUAAUUAACACCAAUAUUCUUCUAAUUGCUUUACGCAGAAUUCAGACCAAAUGCAUAAUUUAUUGCUUAAAAAGAAAAAAAAUUUUGAUCUAACUAUAUGUAAAAGAGAUUCAAAUAAACAAUUAUUGAUUUCAA